CAUUUAACAGGGUCUUCUCCUCAGUUGGUAGCACCCAGUUUGGUGCCAAUGGGCAAGAAGAAGAACAAACCUGAUGGGCCAAUCAAGUCGCUGAAAGAUGCUGAACAAGCAGUUUCUUCAGAUUACAUUGGAGGAGAUACCCUGGAUGAACUGCUGUUUAAGCUUAUCAGGAGCGUUGAGGUUGCAAAAGCUUCAAGGGGAGGAUUGCCAGAAAAGAUAUGGAUGAAGCAACAAUUUUGUGUCGGGGUCAAUGACGUGACAAGGGUCCUUGAGAGAAUGCCUGCUGCUGUUGCUUCGCAUUCUGGCUGUUCUAGUGAGGCACCGACCCACAAAGUUUUGCGGAGAGCUCCUUUGGUGCCACUUCAGGCUGUCCUUAUAGCUGCUGAUUGCAAUCCCAAAUGGCUAACGAAACACAUACCAACCCUGGCAAGCACAAGGCAAGUUCCUGUAUUGUGCCUCAAGGACAACAGAGGAAGUUCACUGAGGUUAGGUCAAGUGGCGAAUGUCAGAACAGCGCUGGCCAUCGGAAUAAAGGCCAGAAACAGCAUAAUCAACAAGAUCAUUGACGAAGUGCUAAAGGGUAGUAAGCUGGUCGCUGAUGAACAGAAAACUAGCGCACCCAUUCCCAUUCCCAUUCCCAGUCCCAGUCCCAAUCCCAGUCCAGUAACAUGAUGGGAUAGAUGUGAACCUCUGUGUCCUCAUCAUUCCAGGAGCAUCUUCAAGUGAGAGGGUUUCCCAAGGAGAUCAAGCGUGUUUCUGAACUGUAGCAUAUCAGUCUAAACUUCAUUUUGGUUAACAUCUUAUGCUGCCAAUACUCAUGAAAAAUAGGCAUGUGGCUGGUAUGUCAGUUUGGUGUAGGAGAUGAUGAAUGCCUGUAAUUUUUUCUGUAGUUGUUUCCGUGCACACAAAAGCAACUUCAUUCGUGCAGAUGACUAUUUUUGUUUGUAGCGGCUUUGUGGGUAAUUCGUGUUCACGUUUUAUAAAGGAGCUCACUGAAGGACGGAAUCAUUCGUGGCAAAGGAGGUAUAACACAAUGUCCCUGCAAAGGAGCUCAAGUACUGCAAGUGAUUGACACCAGUUAGCUUGUUUUCGUUCUUGCUGACGACGAAGCAACAUUUCGACAAUUAAUAUGUUUCACUUUUUGGUUAUUGAGGGUUCGGCAAUCUGUUUUACGAAGUUAAGGUUAUAAGUAUAUCACACGUGAAGUA